CAACAGCUAGCAAUGGAUCUCGAUGACGACGUAGAUUAUGAGUUGAUGCAGCAGUAUGAAGAUCAGCUGUAUGGCGGUCAGGAAUCGCAAGGAUCAGACAGUGGAGGAAUUGACAGCGACGUAGAAGACGCAAUGCUUAGCAGACUGUAUUACACAAGUAACACCAAGGGAGCGAAAGCAGCAAACGAAUCUAAAGAAGCCAAGGAAAAUACACAGCCAAAGCGAGAUUCAUCACCGCCGGCUACCGCACAGCAUAGCGGAAAAAGAGCAUAUGACCAAUUAUCGUCUUCAGACUUGGAUAGCGAGGACGACGAGGUUAAGGUUUACGGAGAAACAGCGAGCAGUGGCGAUGAUCACAUCUAUGCAGAUGAAUCUCGUCAGGCAAGCUGUGAAGCCGAUUCGGACGAAGAAGAUGACAGCGACGACAAUUCCAUUGUUUUCACGCCUGCCAAAGAAGUCGAAGACAACGAUAUACCCGUCACUAAGAUCAUUGACCUUGAACAACCUAUGGAGCUGGAUAACGGUGUCAAAGAUACAGACGAAUAUGCCUAUAUGGACAGCGCAGCAUUUCAGGACCGAAAUAGGUAUUUUCAAAACGAGGAAGGUAGACAGCAGCAGACUUCGAGAAAUGCUUGCUAUUUAUGUGGACAACUCGGACAUCAGCAGAAAGACUGCCCAAAGUGUAGACAAUGCGGGUCAAUGGAACAUAGAACAAGAUAUUGUUUGGCAAAUGUUCAAUGCUUCAAAUGUAAGAAAAUGGGACAUCGUUCAGCGGAUUGCAAAAAUCAAAGCUCAAAGGAGUGCUUCCGAUGUGGCUCCAUACUUCACAAUAGCGAAGACUGCCCUUCAAUAUGGAGGAUUUACAAGCUUACCGCCAAGAAGAAUCCAAGAGACGUGUGGUGCUGCCACUGUGCCGCUCAGGGGCAUUCAUAUCUUGAUUGUAAUGUGAAAGACGCAUUUGCCAAAAAAGCAAUAAUGGCAAGAGACUCAAUAAGGCACGAUCAUAUGUCCCACCGAAGAGAACAUGAUAACACGCAUUACCGACGUGAUCGAGGGCGCUCUCCACCUGCCAAAAUUCAAAGACAAAGCUAUCGAGGCGAUACCAGUGAACGACGUUCAAGAUACGAUGAUCAUCAUGGACGAUCUAGACGAGACGAAACCGUAUCACACAAUCGAUCCAAUAACUACCAUAAGCAUGAAUCACAUAGAAAACCGUACAAUCAACCCAAACCACAAUCCAACCAUACCCCCACAAACCGUAACCAACGAAGUGGUAAUGACUAUAGGCGAUCCGAUCCGCAACCAACGCGAUCAGGCACAUUACAACUUUCGAAUAAUGAUGGACGAGGGCGACAUGGUGGUAAUAAUUAUAGUAAUGAUUUUCCACGUAACGCACCCAAGCUUCCCCAGCCUACCUCCAGUGGUAUUAUUGGACUUCCUCCAGGUAACCGAGGAUCUCCAAGGUACCGUGGAGGUUACCGGGCGGCGGUGUAACGCUUGAGAAAUAAAAAUUCAGUCAGCAACAUUUCACAUGCGGGA